AAACCUUCAACCCUAGUUUUGAGCCCAUAGGUGGUGUCACGCUGAGUUCUUUUUUUUAAGACCCAGAAUCUUGACUUCGGCGUUUGGGACAAGCUAAGUUCCCGUUGUCGAGCCCGUUUCCCCUGAGUCUCGCGAGAUCGGCGAACUGGCCAGAAAGCCGGUAUCUCCUAGGCGUGUGACCGGGCCCUCAGACCCGCCCCCCCCCCCGCCCCCCCCGCCCCGGACGUGGAGUCACCCCCUCUGGACCUCGGCAGCCAUGGAUGAGGACCUGGUUUUGGCACUACAGCUUCAGGAGGAGUGGAACCUGCAGGUCUCGGAGCGCGAACCGGCCCAGGAGCCCCUGUCGCUGGUCGACGCGUCCUGGGAGUUGGUGGACCCCACCCCUGACUUACAGGCCCUGUUUGUUCUGUUCAACGACCGUUUCUUCUGGGGCCAACUGGAGGCGGUCGAGGUGAAGUGGAGCGUGAGGAUGACGCUGUGUGCUGGGAUAUGCAGCUAUGAAGGGAGGGGUGGAAUGUGUUCCAUCCGUCUCAGUGAACCCCUUUUAAAGCUGAGACCAAGAAAAGAUCUUGUGGAGACCCUCUUGCAUGAAAUGAUACAUGCCUACUUAUUUGUCACUAAUAAUGAUAAAGAUCGGGAAGGGCAUGGUCCAGAGUUUUGUAAGCAUAUGCAUCGCAUCAAUCGCCUGACAGGAGCCAAUAUAACGGUGUACCACACUUUCCAUGACGAGGUGGACGAGUACCGUCGGCACUGGUGGCGCUGCAACGGGCCAUGCCAGAACAGUAAGCCGUAUUUCGGCUAUGUGAAGCGCGCCACCAACAGGGCACCCUCCGCCCAUGACUACUGGUGGGCUGAACACCAGAGAACCUGUGGAGGCACUUUCAUCAAAAUCAAGGAGCCAGAGAACUACUCAAAAAAGGGCAAAGGGAAGACAAAACUGGGAAAGCAGCCAGUAUCAGAAGCAGAGCAUAAAGACAAACUGAACAGAGGGGAGAAACAGCUGUUAAUCCCCUUUAGCGGGAAAGGUUAUGUCCUAGGGGAAACCAGCAAUUGUUCAUCUGGGAAAUGUAUCACUUCACAUGCUAUUAAUGAAACCCAAGAGCCUUUAAGUCAAGACCAUUCAGCAAAUGCCCUGAGACCUCAUUCUAAAACUGAGGUGAAAUUUGAACAGAAUGGUCCAAGUAAAAAGACUUCCGUAGCAUCCCCUAUUCUCAGUACCAGUCAUCAAAAUGUCUUAAGCAACUACUUCCCUAAAGUGUCCAUUGCCAACAACAAGGCUUUCAGAAGUGUGAAUGGGUCUCCAAAGAAAAGUCUCACUGUGGGCGACAGCACUAAAAAGUCAGUCUUUUCCAGUUCUCAAAGGAGGGUUACAUCUUCUAGGAUAUCUCUAAGGAACUCCUUAAAAGCCAUGGAAUCGACAUCUGUCACUGUGCCCCAGGAUGCAGGUGGGCCUGAAGGUAAACUCCCAAGUAAACGACCCAGGCUAGAAGACAAGACUUUUUUUGACAACUUUUUUAUCAAGAAAGAGCAAACCCAGAGUGGUGGUAAUGAUCUGCAGAGUAGUUUACAUCCUCCAGCUGCAGCUCAGAAUCCCAGCAGUUCAUCAAAUCAGAGCAGAGUGGUACACUGUCCUGUGUGUCAGGAUGAAGUUUCAGAGGCUCAGAUUAACGAGCACUUGGACUGGUGCCUUGAACGUGAUAGCACCCAAGUCAAAAGCUGAAAAAAAUCUCUGAAAAAUGAAUGGGUCUCCAACGUCCACCUUAAUUGCCUCACUACUACACUCAGGAAUUUCUGGUUAAUAAGAUCUGCAGGUUAUAAUCUAGUUCAUCAAUAGUAAAUGUUCUACUUUAUAUAAAUAUAUAUGAGAUUGUAAUUAAAAAAUAUUUUGCCUAGAGGUGCUAUACUCUUGUCUUAUGUACACUGGAGCCCAGAAUUUCUUCUGGAUGCAUUCAUGUAUAUUUUUUAGAUACUUCUUUCUGGGUUUUAAAAGUAUUUAAAUCUGUUAAUCUUUUUAUUUUCCUUAAAACAUGCAGUGAGGAAUUCUGUCAGGUAUUUGGUUAAAUUGAAUAUUUCAUUAUUAAUAUUAAAACUCAUUCCCAGAACUGGUAAUAUCCAUAGUGUCAGACAUAUUGACCAAAAUUACAAACUAGUUGUUUUAGGCUACUCAAGGUCUUUGGGUUUUUUUCUUCCAAAUUUUAACAUUUCCUAUAUUAUAAAGAUUUUAUUUUUCUGUUUCACUAAAAGGUGGCAGAUUUUAUAGUAAAUAGAUAUUUAUAGUAAAUAUUAUAUAGAUAUUAUAUGUAUUCUAUAAAUAUGUUGAUAUUAUAGUAUCUACUUAUAGAUAAGUAUAGUAAAAUUUCUUUUGGAAUAUUGCUAGUAACAAAUAGCUACUGUAAUUUUGUAGGUCAGAGCUUAGCUGUUUUCUCAAAAUUUUAGAUGCUAAGUAACAUAACAGUUGCCUGGUUUAUGUACAAGUGAAACAUCAUCUGGAAACAGUAUUAUGAAUCUUAAGCCAAAGUUGAAACCAUUUAGGAAUACCUUUUUGCUGAUGCAAAGUAUUUCUUUUAAAAAAAUUCUUUUUUAUGUUACAACAAAGGGACAAAGAUAGUUUGAUGAAAUUUACUUUGUUGUCUCAUGGCUGUAACAACCAGCUGUUGGCAUAUUUUCAAGGCUUUAGUUCAUAAGUUUUUUCUUUUUCUUAACUUUGUUGCAGCAUGACUUUUACAUACAUAGGUGCAGCUGGGUUCCCCUCUGUGUGAUCACUGGAAGUUAGAGAACAUUUCAGUUACCCUGGAAGGUGUCCUCAUGGGCAUCUCUUCUAGUCAACACCCACAGCCCCCAAGUAACCACUGUUUUCAUCUGUCACCUCAAGUUAGUUUACUUGUUUUUGAACUUCAUGAAGUAGUAUCUUUGUUGCUAUGGGUAGCAGAAGUUCAUUCUUUUCAUUGCUCCGUAGUACUUGUAAAUAUGCCAGUUUAUCAUUCUAAUAUUAAUGAACAUUGGCAUCAUCUCCUGUUUGGGGCUGGCCGUUGUGAACAGUGCUGCUAAGAACAUUCUUAUUUAUUUCUGUUGAGCAUAUCCCCAGACUGGAAAUGCAGGGUCACCAGGUACCUUGUUUAGCUUCAGUAAAUCCUGCCAGCUUACAUGCUUACAGCAAUGUAUGAGACCUUAUUGUUCAGCAGUCUUAACGCUAUGAUCGUCCUUUUCGUUUUAGCCUAUCUCAGUGAGUGUUUAUGAGUUUUGAUUCUUUUGAAACAUUAAGUUAAACCAUAGUAUUUAAUAAAUAUUUAUAAAUGA